AUGAUACCGACAAUCGAGUCGUCAGGCGCGUGGCUCCUCCAUGAGCCAAUGUCAAUCAAAAAGGGGUUGCAGAAUGAUGAGCAGAAUCUGGUUAAAGUGGCAAGUAAAAGCGCUAUCGAUCUUUUGAGGAGAGAGUAUGGUAGCGGAGUCAGGCGCGGUGAUCUAGUCGUUGCUCUCACUCCCGACCAGCCUGACAAGAGCGUAUGUAAACGUUUGAUUGGCUUUCCAGGCGAUACUAUUCUCAGAGACCCCCUUUUUAUUGACCUAGAUGACCCAGACAGCCAGUACAUACAAGUACCCAAGAAUCACGUCUGGUUGGCUGGCGAUAACCUUACCAACUCACGCGAUAGUAGGAGCUAUGGUCCUGUUGCUCUACCACUACUUCGAGGAAAGGUGUUCGCAAAAUAUGCGGAUGAAUUUCUAGUCGUGAACAGUGGCACGUUUGUGUAG